UAGUGCUGCGUACUAAAAACAUCGGACGCUAGGGGAUCAAGACGCAUGCCACAUUGCCUCUAUGUGGGCACUUUAACAGAUCUUUCGGGGUUUUUUUUCCCAGUAAGGGGGCUGUGGAGGGAGGACUUUUUUAUUUUCAUUGUCUGAUGACUGUUUGCACGGCCGAUUAUUGAGUUGAUUGUUUAUUAUUUUUUGGCUGUUGUUUCUCGCCGCCGUGCGCGUUUUUUCCUCCCUUUUUUGGAAUCGGCGACCUAUACCCGGCGCUCACCAAUGUCCUAUCCUCAGGGUUACCUCUACCAGCCCCCGGGCUCUCUGGCUCUUUAUUCGUGUCCGGCUUACGGGGCCUCGGCUCUGGCUGCCCCGCGGAAUGAAGACUUGGCGAGGUCGUCCUCUGGCUCAGCCUUCAGUCCUUACCCUGGAUCGGCUGCUUUCUCCGCCUCGGCCGGUGCAGGCUUCUCCAGUCCACUGUCAUACUCCACGGAUCCAACUACGGGAUUCCCAUCCUACAUGAGCUCUCCAUAUGACGCGCACACGUCGGGCAUGGCCGGGGCAUUAAGUUACCACCCAUACGGGAGCCCAGGGUACCCCUACCAACUCAACGACCCGGCUUACCGCAAAAACGCCACCAGGGACGCAACGGCCACCCUGAAGGCCUGGCUGCAGGAGCACAGGAAGAACCCGUACCCGACCAAAGGGGAGAAGAUCAUGCUGGCAAUUAUCACAAAGAUGACCCUGACGCAGGUCUCCACAUGGUUCGCCAACGCGAGGCGGAGGCUCAAGAAGGAAAACAAGAUGACCUGGGCGCCCAGGAAUAAGAGCGAAGACGAGGACGACGAGGACGGGGACGCGGAGAGGAAAGAUGUGGAGCGCUCUGAAAAAACGCUGGAUAACAGCGAGGCUUCAGCGGAGGAUGAAGGUAUCAGUUUGCACGUCGACACUCUGACGGACCACUCCUGCUCGGCGGAGUCUGACGGGGAGAAGGUCAGCUGUCGCGUGGGGGAGCUGGGCCCAGACCAGACCGGCGACAAGUGCGACGAGGACGGCGAGGACCAGAACCACGACCCGCGGGCUCCACUCUCACCCAAAUCCGUUACAUCGUCGCCCCUGACGGGAGUAGAAGCUCCUCUCCUCAGUCAUCACCAUCACCACCACCACCUCCAUCACCUCCACCAUCUCCACAGCCAACGCGAGGAUUUGGCCCGGAGCCUCGUCAAUAGCAACAAUAUUAAUACCAAUAAAUCGUCCUCAUGCCUUGAUAGCAGACCUUCAUCGGGGGCGCCUCAGAACCCUACAGUCAAGCCCAAAUUGUGGUCGCUGGCGGAAAUUGCUACCUCGGACCAAAAGCAGCAACAUCAGCAACUGGGGCAGCAACCAAAUUGCCCCUCCUCCAGCGGUGGCCUCCUCACCCCCCCUACGUCUUCCACCACCUCCCCGGCUGCCAGUUCCCCCUCCCUCUACCCGGCCCCCUCCAUCCUUGGAAGACCUAUUUAUUACACUUCUCCCUUUUAUAGCAAUUACACAAACUAUGGCAACUUCAGCCCCCUGCAGGGCCAAGGGAUCCUGCGGUAUACUAAUUCAUCUGGAGUGAGUCUGGCUGCUGCCGCCGCCGCCGCCGCCGCUGCUGCUGCUGCAAACGAGGGUCUGAGCUCCUCUCACCAGGCUCUGGAGGCGAGCACAAACCCCAAACACAGGCCAGACUCUCCCCUCGUUAAAAGUAACCCCAACCAGAUUGUUGUUGUCGAGCAGCAGCAGCAACAACAGCAUUUCAGAGCCGCAAAUUUAGAAGCAAAGAAAGGUACGUAAUAAAAAAAAAAAAAAGAAAAAAAAAACACUACGCGGUGAACAAAAUGAUUUUGAAAAUGUAUUUAAUCUGGUGUUAAAUCUCGAGAUUGUAUUUUUCUUAAACGCGGGAGGUAAACCACUGGAAGUAAAAUGAGUUCACUUGUUUGCAAUGCAAA